AUGGCGCGGAGCCGGCCCGGGCGGUGCGGGCGGUGCGGGCGGCGCGGGCGGUGCGGGCGGGGCGCGCUGCUGGUCUGCGCCGCGUGGACCGCGGGCUGGGUGCUGGCGGCCGCACUGCUGCUCCGCGCGCACCCGGGCGUCCUCUCCGAGCGCUGCACGGAUGAGAAGAGCCGGCGCAUCCUGGCCGCGCUGUGCCGGGACUACGAGGGCGGGGCGCUGGUGGGAGACCUCUGUGAGGACCUGUGCGUGGCGGGGAAGCUGCUGUACCGGCGCUGCCUGUACUACGAGAGCGGCAAGAAGGUGCUGCAGGCCGACUGGCGCGGCCGGCCCGUCAUCCUCAAGUCCAAGGAGGAGGCCUUCUCCAGCUUCCCGCCUCUCGGCCUGCUGGAGGACGCGGCCGAUGAGGGCGCCCGGGACUUCCCGGAGGCUGAGCUGCUGCUGCUGGUGGCCGGCGAGGUCAAGAACGCCCUGGGCCUGGAGCUGCCCGGCGGCAGCCUGGGGCCCCUGUGGCCAGGCGGGCGCGGGCCGCGGUGGCGGGGCCAGCUGGCCAGCCUGUGGUCACUGCUGCAGCAGGAGGAGUUUGUCCUCUUCCGUCUGCUGCAGGACCUGAGCCGGCACGCCCUGCCCGUGCUGGGCUCCUGCGGCCACUUCUACGCCGUGGAGUACCUGGCAGCCGGCAGCCCCCGCCACCGGGCCCUCUUCCCCCUUGAUGGCGCGGCGGGGGGGCCCCGGGGCGGCCGGGGCCAGGCCAAGGCCGUCAGCGACAUGGCGCUCAGCUUCCUGGACAUGGUGAGCCAUUUUGAGGACGACUUCUCUCACCGCCUCCACCUGUGCGACGUCAAGCCAGAAAACUUUGCCAUCAGGAGCGACUACACGGUGGUGGCCAUCGACGUGGACAUGGCCUUUUUUGAACCUAAAAUGCGGGAAAUUCUCGAGCAGAACUGCACGGGAGACGGAGACUGCAAUUUCUUCGACUGUUUUUCCAAGUGUGAUUUGCGCGUCAACAAGUGUGGAGCAGAAAGAGUCAACAGCAACCUGCAGGUCAUCUGUGACAAGAUCUUCCGCCACUGGUUCUCCUCGAGUCUCGGCAGCUCGGCCCUGUCCUUCCCGCUGCAGCGGCAGCUGCGGGAGGCGGUGCAGGAAUGUGCGGACCCCCGGAGCACUGCGCGCAGCCCCCCGAGAGCAGCCCCCGACGUGUUCCGGAAGCUUCGGCACCUCCUCAGAGCCACGCAGAGGGAACUGCAGGACACAGAGGAGUAGCGGCGGCGGUAGCCUCGGGCGGGUUCCCUCCAGCAGGUUGUUGGAAAGAGGAACAUUCCUCUAGGCCAGCG